AUGUGGUUCGAUUACUCCCUAUUCCAUCAAAAUCAUUCCAUUGCGGAUGCACCUCCUCAUCCCACUGCACUCUGCCAUCCAUUGCUCUUUCUAUUGGGAAGUUUGAGCCGAGACUAUCCCUCAAAUAAUCCCUUCAACAUUUCGAUUCCUCCCGACAGCAAUUUUCAAGUCCUCAUGAACACGAGCACUCUGAUCCCUCAUCCCAUUCCUCAUCAACCAUGUCCCGAUACCAUUUUCAAUGCCAUCAUCGCUUCUGUGUUUGUUCUUCUUGAAUUGAUACUCACGAUUAGCACUUUAUCGCUCUUGAUUUGGAAACGUCAUCAUCCCCAUAUUGAAAAGAGAAAUCUGGGCUAUCUGAUCAUGCAUACCUUGACAAGUUUUGUGGUUGGCUUUUUGGGAUGUUUGAGGCUCCUUAUUGGAAGGAAAUUAUUUCCGUGUGCCAUUCACAUGUGGUUAUCUUUCAUGUUUAUACCAGCGCUGUGUUUGGGACCCAUGGUGCGAUGUUGGCGUGUAUUUGCACUGUACAGAAUGAAUUUGGAGAGAAAAAAGUUGUAUCAGAGUCGAACCACCAUGACCUCAUUGACGACCACAACAGUGGCAGCAACGGAAACAGCCAUAGAGGAUGAUACUGAGAGGGAUGGUACUGUUCAGGUUCAUCAUGAUUCCACCACAAAUUCUAAUCUAUUCAAAGAAUCACUAACGGCAACUACUCUGCCAACAGGGAGUCACUGUAAUGACAACACUGGUGGUGAACAUUCAGUUGGUUUGACCAUUCAUGCAAAUAGUGGUGCGAUGGAGGAGCUGAAAAUUUCUACCGAAUGGGAUUCUAAUAAGGUAACAACACAAGGUGGAAGCAUGGUAGUGGCUAUGUCUCCUCGCUCGCCUGGUGACAUGUCAAAUUUUAGUGAAGUAGCAUUUCUUUCAGAAAAUACUACAGAUCAACGUUCAAACAUGCUUGAAAAUUGCUCGAACUCUACUGCCGUAGCAGUAACGACAACUCAUAACUUGUCUUACCAAAAUCCUCAGAAGCAAACAAACGCAAACAUGAUGGAAAGUAUUAAUGAUUUGACAGCAUCCAACUUGGCAACUAUUAAUACUCGAAAAAUUCGAAUUUAUUCAUGUCUCACAAGCACAUGGUUUUUGUACAUGAUUUAUGGAGUUGCGUUUUUUGUACAAUUUCUCUUGUGGGUUUUUUUUGGUGCUAUCGAUGAGGUCUUCUUUGUUACUUCCAACUUUCGAUAUCUCACCACUGAUAAUGCUGGUAGUUUUGAUUUUACUACAGGAUGCGUACAACAACCUAACGCGGCCAUUAUUUUAAUUACCCUUACGACCGUAUUUUUAAUAUUGGAAUUUAUUGCCAUGAUUUUAUGCUUCCUCUCCCAACGUGACACUUAUCAUAUUAAGGUAGAAACAUUAAUCAUCAUUACCGUUCAAAUGACCGUGAUGACCAUGUAUGUCAUUUGCGGCACUUGGACAUUUUACAAGAAUUUUCUCGAUUAUUUUGUUUCGUAUGCCUUUUUGCCAAUGACAAAUUUAAUUUGUGAAGUCUUUGUGGGAGUGACAUUGCCAGGAUGUUAUGCCAUUUAUGAAGACCAUUUUUUCACUGACUCCAAAGCAACGAGGAAGAGAAAGCAAUCAAUGAUAACGAACGAACCCGCAUCAAUUCAAGGUAAUGAACACGACAUGGAACGUUGCAUGAUUGAGAAAAUUCUCAAAAACAAGAAAACAUUUGAAAUGUUAUUGGAAUUUGCAAAACGAUCGUACUGCCCUGAGAGCGUGUUGUGCUAUAAGGACAUUGAACAAUUUAAAUCAAAGAUGACCUCUCAAAAGAAUCGAAACAAAAUUGGACUAUUUAUUGUGAGAACUUACUGCAUGCCUCAUUCGCCGGCUCAAUUGAAUUUACCUUCGAAUUUCAUGACACAAGUGAAAUUGUGGCUGGAAAAGUUGGAAUAUAACAAUGGUAUAGUGGAGAGUACCAUGUUUGAUUCUCUGCAACAACAUUGCUUGAAUGAUUUAAUUGAUGUCUUUGAACGUUGGAGGUGGUCGAGUAAGGAAGUAAGGGAAAUGUGUCGAGAAUUGGCUCCACCACAACGACCCGUUGGAAAAUAG